AUGCAGAAUGCAAACCCAAUCGAGGAGGGGGAGGCAACACGCUGUGAUGUGCCUUGUCUCCAGAAACUUGACUCCCCAACAGGUAUGCACUCAUUAUUUUCCUAUCAUUGGUAGCCUAUAGAUUCAUAUUAUGUGAUUUUGUUGGUAUUCAUAGUGUAAUAAGUUUAGUUUACUUCUCUCCCUCUCUCACUCACUCUCUCUUGGUCUCUGUAUCUAAUAAUUAGUUAAAGUCCACCUGUGUGCAAUCUAAGUGCCUUGCAAAAGUAUUCAUCCCCCUUGGCGUUUUUCCUAUUUGCAUUACAACCUGUAAUUUAAAUGGAUUUUUAUUUGGAUUUCAUGUCAUGGACAUACACAAAAUAGUGAAAUGAAAAAAAUAACUUGUUUCUAAAAAAUAAUAACGGAAAAGUGGUGUGUGCAUAUGUAUUCACCCCCUUUGCUAUGAAGCCCCUAAAUAAGAUCUGGUGCCACCAAUUACCAUCAGAAGUCACAAUUAGUUAAAUAAAGUCCACCUGUGUGCAAUCUAAGUGUCACAUGAUCUGUCACAUGAUCUCAGUGUAUAUAUACACCUGUUCUGAAAGGCCCCAGAGUCUGCAACACCACUAAGCAAGGGGCACCAUGAAGACCAAGGAGCUCUCCAAACAGGUCAGGGACAAAGUUGUGGAGAAGUACAGAUCAGGGUUGGGUUAUAAGAAAAUAUCAGAAACUUGGAACAUCCCACGGAGCGCCAUUAAAUCCAUUAUUUAAAAAAUGGAAAAAUAUUGCACCACAACAAACCUGCCAAGAGAGGGCCGCCCACCAAAACUCACAGUCCAGGCAAGGAGGGCAUUAAUCGGAGAGGCAACAAAGAUAACCCUGAAGGAGCUGCAAAGCUCCACAGCGGAGAUUGCAGUAUCUGUCCAUAGGACCACUUUAAGCCGUACACUCCACAGAGCUGGGCUUUACGGAAGAGUGGCCAGAAAAAAGCCAUUGCUUAAAGAAAGAAAUAAGCAAACACGUUUGGUGUUCGCCAAAAGGCAUGUGGGAGACUCCCCAAACAUAUGGAAGAAGGUGUGGUCCUCUGUAGCUCAACUGGUAGAGCACGGCGCUUGUAACGCCAAGGUAGUGGGUUCGAUCCCCGGGACCACCCAUACACAAAAAUGUAUGCACGCAUGACUGUAAGUCGCUUUGGAUAAAAGCGUCUGCUAAAUGGCAUAUUAUUAUUAUUAUUUAUUAUUAAGGUACUCUGGUCAGAUGAGACUACAAUUGAGCUUUUUGGCCAUCAAGGAAAACGCUAUGUCUGGCGCAAACCCAACACCUCUCAUCAACCCGAUAACACCAUCCACGGUGAAGCAUGGUGGUGGCAGCAUCAUGCUGUGGGGAUGUUUUUCAUCGGCAGGGAAUGGGAAAGAAUUGAAGGAAUGAUGGAUGGUGCUAAAUACAGGGAAAUUCUUGAGGGAAACCUGUUUCAAUCUUCCAGAGAUUUGAGACUGGGACAGAGGUUCACAUUACAGCAGGACAAUGACCCUAAGCAUACUGCUAAAGCAACACUCGAGUGGUUUAAGGGGAAACAUUUAAAUGUAUUGGAAUGGCCUAGUCAAUGCCCAGACCUCAAUCCAAUUGAGAAUCUGUGGUAUGACUUAAAGAUUGCUGUACACCAGCGGAACCCAUCCAACUUGAAGGAGCUGGAGCAGUUUUCCCUUGAAGAAUGGGCAAAAAUCCCAGUGGCUAGAUGUGCCAAGCUUAUAGAGACAUACCCCAAGAGACUUGCAGCUGUAAUUGCUGCAAAAGGUAGCUCUACAAAGUAUUGACUUUGGGGGAGUGAAUAGUUAUGCACGCUCAAGUUUUCUGUUUUUUUGUCUUAUUUCUUGUUUGUUUCACCCCAAAAAAUAUUUUGCAUCUUCAAAGUGGUAGGCAUGUUGUGUAAAUCAAAUGAUACAAACCCCCCAAAAAUCAAUUUUAAUUCCAGGUUGUAAGGCAUCGAAAUAGGAAAAAUGCCAAGGGGGGUGAAUACUUUCGCAAGCCACUGUAUCUCUCUCUCUCUCUCUCUCUCUCUCUCUCUCUCUCUCUCUCUCUCUCUCUCUCUCUCUCUCUCUCUCUCUCUCUGUGUGUAUGUGUGUGUCCAUGCUCCAGGGAGCCCUCCCAAAGCCUCACUCUCAGAUAUGAUGGAUUUGGAGAAUUGCACAUGAGAUAGUGAUCAACAGAGACUUCAUCUUCAGACAGAACAGCCCACCCAAAGACAGAUAAGAAGACAAGCUAUGAAACACACACAAUUCCUGUGUAAAUAAUAAUUUCAGUCACUUUGAAAUAACAGAUUGUUUUUCAUUUCCUUUUAGCUUGGAAGGGAGAGUGAAUGACAUAGUUCACCGUGCUUUCUGGGACUGUCUUCGUGAGCAGCUUUUAUGCAGCCCUCCAGACUAUACCCAUGUAGUCAUUCUGCUACAAGAGGUAAAAACUGUAAGUAUGGUAAUGUACCCUCCUUCUCUCAGUUUCUCAGCAUUGACAGUGAAAAAGUAAGAACAACUAGAUGUUAAUUUAAGUGACCCACUGUGUGGUUGUCCCCUGUGUGGUCAGUCCAUGCUGUCCCUGCUCCUGCCAGGCCAUGUGCAUCUGAGGGCCCAGGUGGAGGAGGUUCUGGAUCUGAUCCAGCAGCAGGCAGAUCAUGGGGCCCUGGACCUGCAAAGACUGUCAGGCUACAUCAUCAAUACCAUGGCCUCCCUGUGUGCCCCUAUACGAGACCCAAAGAUCAGGACCCUACAGGACCUCUCGGACCCAGUGGAGCUCCUCAAGUGAGAGAGAGACUCAAUGAGCUCAUUUUACGGUAAAAAAAAAAGUAUAUGUAUCAUGUCAGAUAUUGAAAUGUAACCAAGUUACCUUGUGAAAGACAAUCUCAAAAUAGUUCAACUCUCAGAAGCUCCUUCCCAGAAUAUUCCUCUAAUCCACAGGAGGUUGGUGGCACCUUAAUUGGGGAGGACGGGCUCGUGGUAAUUGCUGGAGCGGAGUAGGUGGAAUGGUAUCAAAUGCAUCAAACACAUGGUUUGAUGCCAUUCCAUUUGCUCCAUUCCAGCCAUUAUUAUGAGCCAUUCCACUCUCAGCAGCCUCCACUGCUCUAAUCAUAAUUACCCUGGGUAUGGUCCACACAUGUCCGGUAAUGGACCUAGGCCUACUUAUGGUAUGAUGCUAAGAAAUAUUUUCCUUUCCUGACUAACAGGGUGAUCUUCCGAGUCCUUGGCCUGAUUAAGGCAGACAUGGUCAACUUUACUGUUCAGAGCCUCAGGCCUCAUCUUUUGCAGCAGGCUGUCCAGUACGAGCAAGCCAAGUUCCAGGAGAUCCUGUUGAAGCAGCCAGGUGAGUGAGACAAGGUUCUUAGAAUAAAUCUACACUUAAAAGCAUUUCAGUCCUGUCAAAUCUGACAUGCUCCUGACAUGCUCCUUUUUUGUUGUUUAUUUUACUGGUUUCAAAGUAAUUUAAUAAACCUUUCUAACCAGUGUUCCUGGACAAUACCACUGUUUGGCUUCAGGUGGCAGGACAAGAGUAGGCAUCGGUCAGUGCCCAGUCCGACCUUGACCCUGGGACUCCCAGGCCACGUGGUCCAGUCAGUCCUACAUUCGUUCUGAACAGGGCUUACCUGCGUCUGCUGAGCUGGGACCCCAACAACCAGACCUACCCUGAGGUAAUCAAACAACAGGACCCCGCUUGGUUCUGUCUUCAUAGUGGCAUAAUAAGCAUAUUGACAGUUCAUGCAGUUUAGUGGCGAAUCUAAUCCAGGAAGAAGGUGGUUGAAGCAAUUUUUAACAAGGAAAUGACAAUAGACUGAGAUUACCCUACAAUAAUUCCCUGCGGUUUCACCCCCACAUAUCAAUGGUAAAAAAUAGUUAUAGUAGCUCAUGUUCAAAUUUCUCCUCUCCCUCCACAGACAGUUCUGAUGGACAGAGCCCGCUUGGAGGUACUGGAACAGAGACUGAGCCUACUGGUUCUACAGGCAUCAGUUCUGCUGUUGAACAGCACACAGUGUGGGGCCACUGUUUUUUCUUCGCAGGGGUUUGUAUGUAAACUCAAGCAGACCAUCACUGCCCUGCUGGAGGGCAGUCACAACAGGUAAGAGUUGGGGGGAUUUACUGGCUGUCUCUGGGCACAGGUAAUGUUUAACAGAACAUGGAAGUUGACAAGCGCUUAACUCCUGCUGUGUAAACAUAUGCAACAAACCCUCGAUUCUACAGGCUCGAGAAAUAGCUCAUAGUUAACGUAACAAAAAAACUAAAACAAUUAUACAGUAAGGACAAUCGAUUGUGAGAGUUACGUAAAUCCUUAUCCUGCAGCCGUUCUGAAUGGAUGUUUGACACCAGUCUCUCUCGUGCGCUCAGUGACUUUGACCUGCAGGGGGCGUUGCUGGGGCUGGGGGAGCAGGUGCUUGUGCAGGUGAAGGAGGCUCUGAUCACACAGGGAGGACCAGCUCUGCCUCAGGACAGUGAAGACGGGCUCAAGCGACAGAUCUCAGACAAGGCAAAGGAUAACAACCCCAUCCGCACUCUCAUAGGUCAGUCGCCACCAGUCGGGGGCAACCUAAACCUGACCUCCCAAGUACUUCUUAAGAUAAUGCUUCAGCAUUCUAGAGUAACUAUUGCAUGAGUACUGUGUUUAUCCUGAGAUAUGUGGAGAUCAAUUGAAGCUUUAUUGAUAGAAUUAUGAGUCCCAUACAGUUGUACAGUUUAGCACGGUAUGUAAGUCAGAUGGGCGAUGCAGCAGGCUGAUUUCUCUCUUUGCAUCCGACACAUACUGUAGGAGAGAGAGUACAGGGCUACCUCCAGGCCAUGCUGGAGGGAAGCCCCACUAAAAGGAGUCCAUCAAUGUCCCCUGCUCUGAGGCUGCUGAGUGCUGAGCUAGCAGAGCUGGGAAUGGCCUUUGGGCGAAUGGUCCAUUUUAACUGCACAGUCUUUGGACCCUUUUACACCUCCAUCCUCAGGAAGCUGCUGUUCCCACCGGGAGAGGCCGAGAUGGGGGACUCCCGCCAGUCCCCCCCCCCCCCCCCCAACAACUUGGGUCACCUGCAUACGCUGCCAUUCAACAUUUACAUAAUAUAG